CAUAACCUAUUGGUGGUGUUGUUACGAAGAAGAUUUUUGGAGGAAAAACGUGAAAAAUAUACGGUACGUCUGGAAUGUUUUACAGAUAUCGAUUCAAAGUAUAUGCAAAUUUAAAAUUUUGACCUAACUAAAUGAAGUUUAUGUGCAUAUGUUUGGUUGCGUUUCGAUUAUUGUAUUCUUCACGCUCUUAGAAUACCCUCACAUCUUCCAAUAACUGUAGUUAGAUUAACCUUAUCUACUGCUUCUGAUUUUAGGGACGUAUUUUUAGAUCCUAGAAUGUAAAAUUUCAAUUUCACGAAAAUUUGUAGAAAGUUGUUCUAUAGAAAUUUUGGUUCGAAGAAAGUGAGGUUAUACAGCGAGGUUAGAGGAGUCGUUCAGCUUUCAAACACUUUUGAUAUGAGUUAUCACAUUUCAUUAGUUAUGUUCUCUUCAUUUUGACAGAUGAACCAGACAUUGUUGACAAUAGGACUACUUUUUACUGUAGUCUUGCUUUUCACGACAUGGACAGAAGCAAAAGGAAAACAUCACCGUAAGUCGAAAUUUAAUUUGGAUACUGAUUAAAGUGAAACCUCGAUAUAACCCGAAGUUCCGGGGGACUGGCAAAAUUUGUUCGCUAUAACGAGGUUUUGUUAAAUCGAAUUUCUUUUAUUUUCAUAUAUUUUCACCAUAACUGGGGUGAAGAAAAUCGUUCGUUAUACCUAAAAUCAUGGACAAAAGUCCUUGGGACAGUCAGAACGUAACUUCAAUUCUAUGUCGCAAAAAGCAGUGCUGUCUUUUUACAAAUUCAUGUAACCUCCCCCCUCCCCACCCAAUACAAUGUUGAAAGAUCAAAGAAAUUGUGCCUUGACGGUUUCAACACUGUCCGUGGGGUGGGGGGAGAGGGUAGGGACGUACAGUGUUAGUAGCGCGCGGAUACAAUUUCGAGUGUUUGUUAAAAAGCGUCUGAACUGUACAACUGUCCCAAGACUUUCGUCCAUGAUUGUAGGACUUCUUUAUACAGUAGUGGUUUGUUAUAUCGAGAUUCCACUGUACUACACAAACAAAAUAAUCCCAUUAAAGCAAAACAAAAGCCAAACUAUUGCGGCUUUUGAAAAGCUGUUUGUAACCUUAGCUUUAAUGUAACUUUGCAGUGAUUUACAUGAUCAUGUUGUGAUUUACUGAAUCGUGUGAACUGCGUAACCACGCCUUCUUGAGCUUCGAUUAGCACUGUCAAGUAGCAAUGCAAAUCGCAAAUAAAAUGUGGUUCACCGAUCACGGUUGUCAUUGCUUUCGAAAUGAAAUUUUUGGCAAUAAUUACAUGUCCUUCAAGUUACAUUUAAAUUAUUUAUUUUUUUCCAGGUGCUUUUGUUUGCAAAAGGUGCCUCAUUGAAGCUGUUUUGAGAACCACUGCACAUAUUAAACUGAUUCUGCGGUGUCAAAGCAAACAUUUUCUAACGUCGUUUAACCAUCUUGUAAUGGAUUUUUUUUCAGUUUCUUUGACAAAAUUGUUUUUUCUUACUUAACUAUUUCUAUUUCCAAACAUUUUUGAAAAUAAGAAAACAAAACGCAGCUGAAAACAGAAACUUAUUUUUAUUGAUAGAAUUUCUUUUCCUAGUAUAAUCGCAUACAGUUUUUUUCUACAAUUACGAGACUUUUAAGAUCAGGCUAUUCGUAAGUUUGUGUCUCGGCUUUCUUGUAACAAAAAAAUAAAAUCUCAAUAAACUUUGCUUCACAAAAUGCCGAAGACAUGGACGCUAAAAAUUGGAUUUGUUUAAGCCUCGUUUGCGUUACCAGUGUAAAACACUUUGUGAAAGGUUUGAACCCAGGAGUCAUUUCAAAAGUAGGCUGAGUUUUGUAACUCCGUUUACUUUCCCUUGGCCUGGCGUGAUCUAUUUCUCCAGCAGAGAUGUUUUUGAUGCUAAAAGUAAAAAACUGUUUAUCAUUAUGCAUGUCUAACUUGAACUAUCCUUUCUAUCAAUGCUAAUAAGUCAAAAGAAUCUUUUUUUAAUACUUUGGGAUAAAAUAAUGCAGCAGAGCAAUGCGAAUGAACAUUACUUGCUCAGAGUAUGUUCUCUAAUUGUCUCUCAAAAACGUUUUAAUUAAAGCAAAGGUCACAAAUCUUAUUCCACAACAGGGCACAAGCAUCUCAAGAACUUUCUUCGACACAAGGCGGCAAAACACGAACGAGAAAAGAAAGUAGAAGAAAAACCAGAAGACAUACAAUUAGUGAAGUCAGGUAGAUACUAAUACGAUAUCAAAGCUCUUUUUAAAAAGUACAUAGAACUACAUGUAUAAAAUGAAAUUGUAAUAUAUUCAACAUGGCAAAAGACGCUCCUCGUAUAUAUAGGCACAAGUCUCGUGUAUUAAAGAUAUAAGUUGCAAGGAGUAACCUAGCCUCCCAUGCAGACAUUCUUUUGGCUCGAUCGACACGCGAUCCUCCCCAAGGAACGUCGGCUGAAACGAGCGGUUAAAAACAUAGACCAAUCACAGCACACUUCCAGGUCUAUGAAAUGCACUUUGGACUUUGCGAAAGUUGGUGAUAGACUCCGAAAAGUAAAAAAAAAGGUCCUCCUAAAAGGAAAAGCCUUUAAAGACUUACAAUCCUGGACUAAAGUCCUUGGGACAGUAAUGCAGUAAUCACAAUUUUCUGUAAACUUUGAGUACCCUUAUUAAACAGUUUAUCCUUUUCGAAAUUUUGUUUCAGUUCUCCCUCUUGUCACCCUACACAAUAAUGAAACUCGGAAAAAAAAAUUCUGGAUGCACGCGUCCAACGUUGUUUGUGCGGAGGGGGGGGGGGGGGGGCUUGGCCCUUGGUAGUUUAAAAAAAGGCCCCAAAAAUACAAAAGUGCCCCAAGGCCCAAGAUUUUUUCCCCUGAUUUGAGUACUUGUUUGGGUUUCGAUUAAAGUUUCUCUCUCACCUCGUCUUUCCCUCUCAGUGGCCACUUUUCCUCUUUUUAACAAAAACCAUUACUUACACCACUCAUGUCGAAUCGCUAUACUGGCAUAAUAAAGUUAUAAAUAUUUUUUUUUAAUUUUUUUUCUUCUUUUUAUGUUUUUUUUUUUUUUUUAUUUUUUUUUUUCCUCCCCCCCCCCCCCCCACCCAAAAAAAAAAAAGAAAAAAAAAAAAAAGAGUGGGGGGGACCGGGGUGUUGGGGGGGGGGGGGGGGGGGGGGGGGGGGGGGCGUUGAGCAUGUGUGAGUUAAAAAAGAGCUCCACAAAUACAAAAGUGUCCCAAGAGCCAAGAGUUAUGUCCAUGAUUGUAGAUCUGUGUUUGGUUUCAGAUUAAGAUUUCAGCUUACCUCGUCUGUCACCUUGACAGGGCACUUAUCCUGUCAUUAUUUUUAAUUUUAUUUGUACAGAAGAUGACCUAAGCGGAAGUGGUCUUGACUUCGUAGCUGAACCGGAAGUGGAUAUGAAAGGUAUAAAAAUUACUUGACAAAAGUGCUGAGUCGCUGAUACUCAGCCAACAGUUCAGUUUCCAAUUUAAAUUGGCCAAGCGUUAAUAGGGAGCUUAAGCAACGGCAAAGACGACGGAGGCAGUGAAAUUGCCGUCCAGUCAAACUUUAUCUCGUCUAUUUGGACCUUCCCAAUUUGUCAACUGUAAUGCGAUUUCUCCUAAAGUUUAAUUUUCAACGACUUUAUCCAGGUUCUAAAAGGGUAAAGAAAAUUCGUUAUCGUAGAAGGUUUCACGUCGUAGUCGUGCAGCGGGCGUCAAAGAAAUGUACUAAAAAGCAUUAUGUAGUUGCAGAGCUAUUGCUUUGCUCCCAAUUGUUUUUUGACGUUCUCGUUUUCGUCGUGGCUACUUAAGCUCCCUAAUCUACGAACCUGGCCAAAAGGGUUUGGGACACUUCCUUUUCUCUCCUCUUCUGGUAGAAAAUUUGAGAGUAUGCGGCAAUUCACAGUUACAAAUACUGCUCGCUUUGCGUAAGUUUUCCCCUUGCCGUCCCCACCCCCCUCCUUAACAAAGUUGAAUUUCAUGCACUUCCCCAAUUUUUUUAAAACUAGUGUUUAUAACCUGUGACUCUCAAUUUUCAAUGUCCGGGGCCGGGGAAGGGGAGUUAUUGAAAAGGCACAGAUUACAUGUACACAUGACUAAGUGUCUCAAACGUUUCGACCAUAUUAAUCAUAACGGGAUCUUAAUUAAUUUAGUUAAAAGUCAUAACUUAUCAGAAUUAGCCUUGAUUUAUCAGAAUAUGUUGCCAAACCCACAGAAGAGAAAACGAAGGAAGAAAGAGAGAAAGCUAAAGACCAUGUCGCACAUAUAAGACCAAAGAAAAAGAAAAUUCACCAUGAAGGUACUAAUUUAAUGUUUCCUAUGCUUGAUAGAAAAACAGGCACCAUUUCAACCGAAAAAAGCGGAUUUUUAAUGGUCCUGUCGUCCUCCAGUCUGGAUGUGAUGAUAUUAUUGAAUAGCCAAAACGUUCGCUUCUUUACAGUUGUAGCCUGUUCAAGUAAAGGGAACCCCGAUCGGCUUUUUUUAGGCCUUUUUUCUUUCGCUCGCCUGCUGACCGUUGUUCUUGAUGAACACUACUUGUUCACGAGAAAAAGGGACAAUUUAGGAUCGAUAUCCUUGGUCACUACGGUUGCUUGCUCAACUUUGGCAGUAUCAUUUGUCAAAUGACUUACAUACUCUCUAAUCAAUUGAUCUAUAAACAGAUGAUGACGAUCAAGGAUCCCUCAGAGACCUUUUGGACUCAAGCAUAGGUAAAAAAGACGUAAAAUCAUAUUUUCAUUGGUAUUCUAUCCCCCUGUACGUUCCUUUUUUAAUGGAGAAAAAAGGUGAAAAUUUCAACUGAAUGGUCAAUCUCUAGCAUUUUCUCACGGAUGUCUCAUAGAACCACGCAACAAAGGAUUAUUAUAGUGACUAUAAACAAGGUCACAAUUUAACAUAUUAGGUAGAUUCAAUUGAUUACUUUAUUCAGAAUUUUAUCCAGAGACUCAAACGUUUCAUUAGAAUUGUUCAGUGUACAUAUAAUGCAUAGUGCUAAAGAGGAAAGCACUGCUCAGUAUCUAGUUUUCCUUUAGGAGCAAACUUCACUGUUCAUAAAUCGGAUUAAUUUAUUUUUCUUAGAAAACCUCGCUAAAGCUGGCAAAGCGAUUCAAGCUAUUUUAGAUGCUACAGGAACAAGGAGGGGUAAGAUUUUUACUAUAGUAUUAGUGUUGCUUUUAAUUGUUCGUUCAGAACAGUUCUGUGUCACACUUCAAAAAUAGUAGGGUUUUAUGACCAGUCUUACUCUCCAAUGAGCUCUCUAAACAAGUGUGGGAAAUCUGUCUCUUGUCUUUGUUUGCAUGGUUCGCGAAAGUGAAAUAAUUCAGUGCCUUAACUUGCAUACGAAUUGUCAAAUUCGUCCCCAAGGCUUUUUUCUUAGAAAAUGGAAGGGAUGACAAACGGAAAAGCCCUUGUGACGAGGAUGGCGCACUGGCCGGUUGAUCUCGAGUUUGUCCCCAUCCACCGUUCUUGCCAUCAAGGGGAACACUUUUUCUCUUCACCUUUUGGUUUGUUUAUAUUUUCUUUUAAAUAAACAAAGUAAUUAUUUUAUAAAACAAAUCGGAGUCUUAAUCUAAGAACUGAUUUAAGAUUUUGACCAUUUGAAUCCAAGUUAGUCAAACCUGCGCUGGUUCCUGCCCAGAUGUCUGUGCUCCAGGCUGCCAAUCAACAUGCUGCAACACUCCACCAUCUAGUCCCAUGUCUCAGGUAGCAGGUCAAGUCCCCUAUCCUUCCUCUUACCAACAACAGUCACCUUACGGAUACCCGCAACAGCAACAGUACCCUCAGAUGCCACAGCCACAGUAUCUUCCAAUGCCACAGAUGGCCCAACCACAGCAGCUAGCCCCAUACCCUCAGCAACCUAGAGCUGGACAAUGUCCUCAGCAAUGUUCUGCAGCACCUUGUCCCAGCGCCUGUCCUUCGACUUGCUGCAGUUCACAGCCCCAGUACCAACCACAGGCUGCAGGCGGCAUGAUGAGUGCACCGCAGUACCUUGAAUUACCUCCAGCCACACCUAAACCAAAUAUCACGCAGUCUUCAAGCUGCGCCUCGCCGUGCUCACAGUCAUGCGCUCCUGCUUGUCAACCAAGUUGCUGUUCUGGAUCAAUGGGCAUGCCCAUGGGAAUGCCGUUUCCACAGCAACAACCUAUGAUGCCUGUUAUGCCCCAGAUGCCCCCAACGCCUCCGAUGCAACAACAGCGAGCAUGUCCACAAGCCUGUCAACCAGCUGCACCUGGUGGAUGUGCACCACAGGCUCAAUGCCCCCAGCGCUGCUGUCAAAACAGACGAAGAUAA